AUAUGAAAUAAACUUUCACUCAGCUUAAGAUGAGUAGAAUCUCUACUUAUGUUCUCAAUCAAGAAUGUUCUUUAUUUCCAAGCUGGGCUUGGAGUCCUAGCCAAUAUGUUUCUUGUUUGUUUCUAUAUUUACAUAAUUCUAGGUCACAGACCUAAGUCCACAGACAUGAUGUCCUGUCAACUUACCUUUGUUCACAUAAUCAUGUUAUUCACUGGAGGGGAUAUUUGGCUUACAGACAUAUUUGAGUCACUGAACAUUGAGAAUGGCUUCAAAUGUAAGGCAACCUUUUACAUAAGCAGAGUGAUGAGAGGCCUCUCUAUGUGCAUCACCUGCCUCCUGAGUGUGUUCCAGGCUGUUACUAUCAGUCCCAGUACCUCUUUGUUGGCAAAAUUUAAACAAAAACUAAAAAAAUACAUGAUAUAUUUUUUCUUAUGUAUAUGGUCCUUCAAUUUGUCUUUCACUAGUAACCAGAUCUUCUAUGUUGGUGCUUAUACCAACGUGAGUGGGACCAACCAGAGGAAGGCUACUAGAUACUGCUCACUCUUACCCAUGAACUACAUCAUCAGAGGACUUAUUUUAACAGUGACAACUUCCAGAGAUGUAUUUCUUGUAGGAGUCAUGCUAACUACAAGUACAUAUAUGGUGAUUAUCUUGUUCAGACAUCAGAGGCAAUGCAAGCAUCUUCACAGUGCCAAUCACCUGAGAGCCUCCCCUGAGAAAAGGGCCACCCAGGCCAUCUUGUUGCUAGUGGUUUGCUUUGUGGCCAUGUACUGGGUGGACUUCAUCAUCUCAAUGACCUCAUUCCUGUUAUGGAUGUAUGACUCAGUCAUCCUGACUGUUCAGAAGUUUUUGAUGAACGCCUAUCCCACAAUUACUCCUUUGGUACAGAUCAGUUUUGAUAGCAGAAUAAUCAUUAUGCUGAAAAAGCUCGAGUCAAAACAUCGCCAUACAUUUUUUUAAAAGAUGCUUUCUCUUUUCUUUAAAAAGCUAUUUUUAAAUUUCUUAAUUAUAUGUAGAAGUGUUGUGCCAAAGUGCAUGCAUGUGUG